UUUCACUUUCUUCCUGAAGUCGCAUAGAUCGCAAUGAGUUUAGCCGGCAAAGUUGUAAUUGUCACCGGUGCCAGUUCGGGCAUUGGUGCUACGACGGCAGAGGCUUUUGCCAAAGAAGGUUCCAAAGUGGUGCUCGUAGGACGAAAUGAAGCGAAUUUGAUGGCUACCGAAGCGGCCUGUAAUGCAGCGAAUAGUGAAGCCGAACUUUUAUUAAUCACUGCUGAUGUCACUGUGGAUGCGGAACGUAUUAUAGACACAACAAUUGAGCGGUUCGGACAAUUGGAUGUGCUAGUCAAUAACGCGGGUAUUUUCGAAGUUGGCAAUCUCUUGGAUAUUGACGUCGCUCAAUUUGAUCGUAUUUUCAAUACAAAUGUGCGUUCCGUCUUUCUUUUAACUAAAUUUGCUGCACCACACUUAAUCGCGACCCAGGGUAGUAUCGUGAAUGUCUCUAGCAUCGCAGGUUUGCGUUCACUUGCCAGUAAGUCAGUAUAUUGCACUUCCAAAGCAGCCUUGGAUCAAUUUACCAGAUGUUGCGCCUUGGAUUUGGCGCCGAAAAAUGUGCGUGUAAAUUCCGUUAAUCCUGGUGUGAUUGUGACCGAUAUUCAUAGACGUCUGGGUUUAUCGCCGGAGGAGCUUGACGACUAUUACGAGCUUGCUAAGGAUAAACAUCCACUUGGUCGUGUUGGGGAACCAAAGGAGGUAGCCGAUGCUAUUAUUUUCUUUGCUAGUGACAGCUCUAGUUUUAUAACGGGAGCAACUCUGCCCAUCGACGGUGGUAUGCAUUGUUGAUUGAAAUCUCUUCUUUUUAAAUAUUGAUCAAUAAAAGAGAAAUAUAAUUAGCAAAAUUUA